CGAUACAUAGUGUAGUGUGCAUGCAAGGGGGCAAGAGACACAUAGAGGGUGAACACCCUGGAGAGACUGAGAGGACGAGACUGGAAGUGGGAGAGAAUGUGUGUGAAUGGAUGUUGGAGAGAGAUGGUUAUGUGCUGGAACUGGACGCUAAGACACUGAGGAACAGGGGAGACGAGAAGGAGAGCACCUUGAGGAAAACAAGGUGCUCCUAAAACCUAAAACAAGGUUAAUUUUGUGCAAACUGGUCUCAAUAAUUGAAGGAAACAAGGACUAAGAAAGUGGGAGAGCAGAAUGAGAUAAUACCUGAGAAGGAAUUGGCAAGAAAAGAAGAGUUACUCAUGGGUUGUGCCUUCAGUAAACAGCGGUGGGGUGAAGAGAGAAAUUCUCAGACCCCUGACCCCCCAAAAACACGAGACUGCACGGAGGAUGCAGAAAUUCUCAGCUUAACGGAGCUGGGGAAAGUGAGUUCACACUCCUUUAAAGAGAGGUACUUCAAGAAGAAACACCACUGUGCUGUCUGUAGACAAACCCUCAACAGCAAUGGCAUGUACUGCAGAGAGUGUAAAACUGCAGUACAUAAGAAAUGUGAGACAAAGGUCUCUGUCCUCUGUGAAGCUAUCUCAGAUAAACCCCUGUUCCAAGAUCAGAUGAACAUCCCUCCCAGUAGAGACAGUGUGGACAGCGUAAUGGAGAGUUUGAUGGACAGGAAAUAUGAUUUUGACCUGACCUACAUCACUGAGCGUAUUAUCUCUGUCCUCUUUCUGUCUGACUUGGAAGAACAACUUUACAGUGCCAAUAUGAAGGAAGUAGCAGCCAUGCUGAAAUGUAAACAUCAAGAUAAGGUCUUGCUUAUAAAUCUGUCAGAGAAACGGCAUGAUAUCUGCAGGCUUAAUUCAAAGGUGGAGGAGUUUGGAUGGCCUGAUCUGCAUGCCCCUCCCCUCGAUAAAAUAUGUGCUGUGUGCAAGUCCAUGGAGAGCUGGCUGACCUCUGACCCCCAAAAUGUAGUUGUAUUGCACUGCAAGGGAAACAAAGGGAAAACAGGAGUGAUUGUAGCAGCUUACAUGCACUAUAGCAAAAUAUCUGCAGGAGCAGAUCAGGCUCUCUCCACAGUUGCUAUGAGGAAAUUCUGUGAGGAUAAAAUCACUCCCUCUCUUCAGCCCUCUCAGAACAGGUACAUAUAUUAUUUUGCCAGUCUUCUCUCUGGUGCCAUAAAGAUGAACAGCUCAUCUCUGUUUCUGCAUCAGAUUUAUAUUCCAGCUUUGCUCAACUAUCAGUCAGGAGGAGGUUACUCUACCUUCCUGAAGAUUUAUCAAUCAUUGCAGCUGGUACAUUCUUCUGCCAAAUAUGAUAUUCAGGGUCCCAACAGUAAGAUGCUGUGUGUAAAUAUUGAACCAGCUCUACUUCUAAAGGGAGACAUCCUGGUGAAGUGUUAUCACUGUCAAUCAGGUGUGAGUAAGAGAGAAUGUAUGUUUAGGGUUCAGUUUCACACCUGUAGUGUUCAUGGAUCUCAGCUUACCUUUGGCAAAGAGGAACUUGACCAUGCCUGCACAGAUGACCGUUUCCCUGCUGAUGCCAAAGUGGAGUUAGUGUUCUCUUCUGGUCCACAAAGGGCAAGAGGUGGAGAGUUGCAGUGGAUUGAACCGGGAGUAAAUAUCGAUUACAGCACCACAGAUUCUGUUGUGCACUGGGACUCAUACGAGAACUUUAACCUUCACCAUGAGGAUAGCGUUGAGGAUAUCUGUCACACACGUGGGCCUUUGGACGGCAGUCUUUAUGCUCAGGUGAAGAAGCGUCAUGCACCAGAAUCCAGUCCCAAUGGAUGCCAGGCCUCCAUCAAUACCUCCCCACACUCAACCAGUCAUUCCUCCUCUACUCCCCACAUUCAUCUCUCCACCCAGCCGUUCUUACUCACCACAGACUCAAAUCCCUCCUUUUCACCCUCUAAGUCCUGCUCUCUACUGCCGUCCUGUGUUGAAAGAGAAAAAAGAGAGAAGGACGAAGACAGGGACAGGGACAGACACAGACACAGAGAAACAGCAAUACUGGAUGAUGGCGACUGCUCUCCUCUGAGACCAGAUCGUUCUGUUCAGCCCUGUUACGGUCAUCCGUAUUCCCACACUCAUUUGUUUUGCGGCCCAGGUCUGACCAACCCACAUGCGCUGGCACAAACGGUCCACCCCAAACACCACACACUUCCCUGCAACCGCACCGCUUCACUGCCAGUCCGGGAUCUGCGUAUAUCCCAGCCAGAUCUUUUAUGGGAGAGAGAACGCUGUCUGCACCAUGCCUGCUCUGAAACAGUCAGACACUUGUACUCAUACCCCACUCCAGAAACCCCACUUUCCCAUUCACAGUCUUCCCAUUCCCACUCACUUCCUCCACAGACACACUCAUUCUUUUCAGGGAAGGCUUGUCCUCUUAUCCAUUUCUCCUCCCUCCCUCAGGGUCACACCCACAUCCCUCCUUCUCCAUCCCCAAAUCAGUCACUGAUUUCCAGUCCCUACCGAGAGUUACGUUAUAGCUCCGCUCCACCAACAUCGUGCUCCUGCCAAGACUGUUCCCGUUUACUGGAGGAUGUUGCCCUCCAUUCUUUACGAAGUAGAGAGUUAGAGGGUCUGCCUUGGUCUAGAGAAGAGGAGUUUGGGUUUAGGAGGGAGGGGCCUGUGCACUGGAGGGAUGGAAGGGUGGAGUCUCAUUGGGAAGGAGUUCAGAAUUCCGAAUACUGGCGACGCAAAACAGUGAUGUCACCAUUGACGUUAUUAUCUUACGGACAUUGCCACACUGUUCCAAAACAAGACCCCGCAGUAUAUGUCACAGACACCAUCCCUGAACAUAUUACCCCAGUGAGUCCAUAUCCAAGCCCACAAAGCAGUGGCUACCACAGCCCUCAUCCACCCUGUCCCUGCUCUCCACAACCAUUUAGAGAGAGUCCUGGAUACGCCUCCAUCGGUCAUUCCACAAACUCCUCGCCACUUGCUUUCACACCAUCCCCAAGACGAGCCAAUCACAACAAUGCUUCAGCUGAAGAUGGUCCACACUGUGCAAAUGAUGGAGGUAUCAAGGUUUUUGAAGCUGAUAAAAGUCACAUUAUGGCCUUUUCUUCUCCCAACCAGGACAGCAGAGCAUUGGAGGCUGAAGAUCCAGAGAAAAGCACAGGUCAAGAGGAUGAGACUCUCCCAGGGUCUCUGAUCACUGUUGUCACCGCUGUCAAUGCGGAAACCACAGACAAAACAGAACCAAAGCAUUCAGAGGCUAAGAAAACACCCAUCUUAGAAGCUACAUCUAACACAGCUCCAUCAUGCCCUUACUCCACCCUCACAUCCAAAGGGGUGGAGUCAGUGCAGGUACAAAUGCACAACUCAAGUCCUCUCAGUAACAGUUUCCCAGAAUCAGAGCAGAAUAAAAAUGAGCGCCCAGGCUCAUACUACACUUCAACAUCAACCUCGACAAUUCCUACUAUUUGCUCUUCAGAGAGAAGCUCCGCCUCUGAAUUCUCUUCAUUAAACAUCAAUGCUGAAAGGCAAAGCCUGACACCCUUGACCGAUUGCACAUCAUCCAAUGGGGAAAGCAGUAACAGUGACUUUAGAGCAUCAUCCCCUGACCCUGAUGGCUAUGUAACACCCUCAUUCCCUAUAAUAUCAUAUAGCUAUCCUCUUCUGACAGUGCCUCAUGUACCAUAUACAGGCUACACUGCUGUUACCAUCCCAGCAUCGUUCCCCCAACCUCCUCUUCCUGAAAAACAACGCUCAUCACACCUUCAGAACGUAUCUGAUUGCACUGGCAGAAGCUCAUUAAAAUCAGCUGCUAAACUUCCUACUUCCUCUGCCCAGUUCCAUGUGUCCUUCUUAUCUGCCACCAGUGAAUUGCCUGUAACAGCUAGAUGCAAAACAUCGCCCUCUAGUGGAGUGGAGGAAACGGAGAACCGCCUCAGCUCCAAGUUUGUCCAAGACAGCUCCAAGUACUGGUACAAACCAGGCAUCUCUAGAGACCAGGCUAUCGCAGUAUUGAAAGAUAAGGAGCCUGGCUGCUUCCUCAUAAGGGAUAGUAAUUCAUUCCAAGGCGCAUAUGGAUUGGCCCUCAAAGUCGCCACACCUCCAGCCCACGCUAGUAACCAUGGUGAGAUGGGCAGCCCUCAGGAGCAGCUCGUUAGGCACUUCCUGAUUGAGAGUGGAGCAAAAGGAGUGAAGAUCAAAGGCUGCCAAAAUGAAACAUAUUUUGGUUCCCUGUCUGCUUUGGUGUAUCAGCACUCCAUAUCACCCGUGUCUCUUCCUUGUGUUCUGCGCAUCCCAGAUAGAGAUCUUGUUGGAGAUUUGCAUGCAUUGCAAAGUGGAACAAACACUAGUACAGCUGCAGACCUGUUGAAACAGGGGGCAGCUUGUAAUGUUCUCUACCUAAACUCUGUGGAAACGGAAUCUUUGACUGGCCCGCAAGCUGUCUCCAAGGCAACCAAGUGCACUUUGACCCAAGACCCUCGUCCUUCGCCAACAAUUGUCCACUUCAAAGUAUCCACACAGGGCAUCACCCUCACUGAUAAUCAGCGCAGAUUGUUUUUCAGGCGACAUUACCCUAUUCAUAGUGUGACUUUCAGCAGUGAGGAUCCAAUGGAUCAAAGGUGGAUUGAUGCUGAUAACCCUUCCUGCAAGAUGUUUGGAUUUGUAGCACGGCGCAGUGGUGGUAUGGGAAACGUGUGUCACCUGUUUGCAGAGCUUGACCCAGAGCAGCCAGCCAAGGCCAUUGUGAACUUCAUCAAUAAAGUCAUGCUGGGACCUCAACAGCUGCGAAAAUGAAUACAGUAUUAGGGAGGAUAAGAAGAACAAACCAGAAAGAAAGGAGAACAUUUAUAGAGGGCAGUGCAGUAAAUGUCAGUGUUAGGUUUAUGUACUGAGUAAGGAGCAUUUUAUCAUUAUAAUACACAAAAAUGAACCUUUUACAAAAACUCAGUAUUCAGGUUCAGUCAGGAUUAGGUUGGUGUUGAAAAAAAGUUACAUUUAUGCUUUUUAUUAAUCAAAAGUGAGACUUUAUGAGAUGGAAAAAAAUAUUGAAAUGGAAAUUUUCCUGGUUAAGUAGGCUAUUUAAAUAUAAAGAAUAAAUGAGACCUUUUGGUCAAAGCUUGAUAAAAUGGGACUUAAUUCUACCACUCAGGAUGCCAAAGAUGUAUGACUGUUAUUACAUUGUUCCACUUUUAUUUUCAUUGUUUUUAUUUUUUCCUUAUGUGUUUACUUUUAAAAUAAGUGGUCAGAAUGUUUUGGUUGUUUGUUUUGUAUUUAAAAUGGCCUUUACUUGAGACAAAAACCUAUUUUAGCAACUGAUGCAUUUUUUAAUUCAUACUAUUUUAUGGAUUUUAAAUAAAAUGUUAAUACAAAUUGAAUUGAAAACUAGACUCUAGACUUUC